AUGGCUUUUACAUUAGACGAAUAUCAUCAAUGUAUACUUGAUCUGUAUGAACAAUCAAAAAAAUUUCAUGAUCGAUGGCAAUUAAUUGAAACAACAAAAGGAUCAUAUUUAAUUUAUUCAUUUAUUGAUAAUAGUUGUUUAAAAUAUGAGUUUCAUAUUGUAUUUAGUGAAAGUUAUUCUGUACCUGUACUAUAUUUUAAUAUAAAUCAUUUAGAUGGUUCAUUAUUAUCAUUAGAUGAUAUAUGGAAAUUAUUUAUACAUAAAAAAAAUUCUAAUAUGUAUGAAACAAUAACACAACAAGAACAUCCAAUACUUCAUCGACCAUUUUUUGUACUACAUCCUUGUCAUACAGAAAAUGUGUUAAGAAAAGUAGCAGAUCAAUCAAUAAAAAAACGAUUUCUAUUGUGGCUUUCAAUAUAUGGACAAUCAAUUGGUUUACCUUUGUCAGUUAAAUAUGCAAUGGAUUGA